AUGGCUGCCUCCAUGCAGUGGUUAAGACCACGAUCCCUGCAGAAAGUCGACACCUCUGGUCCACAGAAUCAGACUUACAACGUAGACAAGCAGGUGCCGGACAGUGCUGCCACAGCCACCGCCUUCCUAUGCGGGGUGAAGGGUAACUUCUACACGCUGGGGGUAGACCAAAGCGUAACCAAAGGCAACUGUUCCGCCAGUAAGAAUCCUGCCUUUCGGGUGACCUCGAUCCUCCACUGGGCGCAGGAGGCGGGCAAGGAUACAGGUAUUGUGACAAACACCAGAAUUACUCACGCCACGCCCGCGGCCGCAUACGCCCACACAGCCCAUCGUGACUGGGAGUGUGAUAGCGCUCUAGGAGAAGAGGGAGCCGGUUGUAAAGACAUCGCAGACCAGCUGGUGACAGACCUUCCUGGCAAGAACAUCAAAGUAAUCCUGGGUGGCGGACGCCAGGCGCUGGGCGCAAGCCGCGGCGCGUCCCUCAACUCCACCUGCUUUCGGAAGGACGGUCGCAACCUGACGAGGGAGUGGCUCAACGACAAGCUCUCCAGAGGUCACUCAGCUCGCUACGUCACAACUCUUGGCGAGAUGGAGAAAGUUCGCGCUCAUGAUACCGACUAUCUCCUCGGACUGUUCGAUGACUCCCACAUGCCCUACGAAGUGGACCGGUUGGUUGGGUCUUCAGGGUCCCCCUCCCUCAGGGAUAUGACCAUCAAGGCCCUCAGGUUCCUGAAGAAGAGUGAGAAGGGCUUCUUCCUCCUGGUUGAAGGAGGGAGGAUUGACCACGCCCUCCACGACAACAUUCCACAUCGAGCCAUGGAGGAGAUAGUUGCUAUGGAUGCUGCUGUGGCUGCCGCUCUCAGGGAGGUGGACCUGGAGGAGACGCUGCUGGUGGUGAGUGCUGAUCACUCUCACGUCAUGACUAUCAACGGAUAUCCAGACCGUGGUAACGACAUUCUUGGUAUAACUGGAGAGUUAUCUAAGGUGGAUGGUCUGCCAUAUACUACCCUCAUGUUCACUAAUGGACCUGGAUACAACUACACCGUCGACAGGUAUCAGGUCCGGCGUCAUGAUCCCAGGCUGGUCAACACUAAACACAUAGACUACCGCUCCCAGGCAGCAGUACCAACACCAGCCAUGGAGGAGACACAUGGUGGUGAGGACGUCGCUCUAUGGGCAAUAGGACCCAUGGCACACCUCUUCCACCGGACCCACGAGCAGAACUACGUAGCCCACGCCAUGGCUUACUCUGCGUGCAUUGGUCCAAGCCAAAACAGGUGUGGGAGGCCAAGCCACGCCACCUUCACGAAGCGACCCUCACCCACACGCAAGUUACCUGUUCACUCUCCUCGUACUGCUGCUCUCUCUACUGCUGCUGGUUCUGGGACCGCAGUGCAACUACCCGGAGCACUGCCCAAAUUUCCCACUCUGUCUCCGGUCCUGCAACAGCUGCUUAACGACAAUGAACAGAAGAUAGUCACGUCUCUUGGCCUAGAGUCAGUGAAGAGUUUCUCUGCGACUGAAGACGUGCGGCAGCUCCUGGGCCGUAAUGUGCUGCUGCCUCACGGCGGGUAGCAGGUAGCAACCAACCACGCUAAAGGUAAGACAAACACACAUUA